CCAUGACAUCCCUCGACCUCCUCUUUCCAGCUCAGACCUGUCUCCUCCACAUCUCCGAUUAUGGCUGAAUACUACCUGGGCUUCGACCUCAGCACCCAGCAAUUGAAAGGCAUAGCAGUGAAAGCCGACCUCAAACUCGCCUACGAGGCCAAAGUCGACUUCGACGCCGACCUCUCCAAGUAUGGCAUCAAAAAGGGCGUCCUCACGAACCCGGCCGAGGGCGAGAUCUUCGCGCCGGUCGCCAUGUGGCUCGACGCGAUUGACCUCGUGCUUCAGCGGCUAAAAGAGCAGGGACUCGAGUUCUCGAAGGUCAAGGGCAUAUCUGGGGCGGGCAUGCAGCACGGCACUGUAUUCUGGAGCAAAGAUGGGGAGACGUUGCUCGAGGGUCUUGAUGCGGGCAAGACGUUGUUGGAGCAGUUGGAGGGCAAGAAGAGCGCGUUCAGUCAUCCGUACAGCCCGAAUUGGCAGGAUGCGAGUACACAGGAGCAGUGUGAUGCUUUUGAUGGGAGAUUAGGGAGCCAGGAGAGGUUGGCGGAGGUCACGGGGAGUAAGGCGCACCACCGAUUCAGUGGUCCUCAGAUCAUGCGAUUUCGCCAGAAGCACCCCGAGUCUUAUGCAGCUACGGCUAGAAUCUCUCUCGUGUCUUCAUUCCUAGCCUCGAUAUUCCUUGGAAAGGUCGCACCAAUCGACAUUGGGGAUGUGUGCGGCAUGAACCUCUGGGACAUCAAGAAAGGGGGCUGGCAUGAGGACCUUAUAGCUCUCGCAGCUGGAGACAAAGGGGUUGCAGAGCUUAAGGCCAAGCUGGGCCAAGUCCCAGAAGACGGCGGAGCGAGUUUCGGAAGCAUAUCCCCAUACUUCGUCAGGCGUUACAAUUUCUCCCCGUCGACCUCAAUCGUUCCUUUUACUGGCGACAACCCCUCUACCAUCCUAGCCCUCCCUCUCCGAGCCUCUGACGCCAUAGUAUCGCUGGGCACUUCUACCACGUUUCUUAUGUCCACACCGCAAUACAAGCCAGAUCCGGCAUAUCAUUUCAUGAACCACCCGGCAACAGCAGGCCUCUAUAUGUUCAUGCUCUGCUACAAGAACGGUGGCUUAGCACGUGAGCACAUCCGGGACGCUCUGAACUCCCAGUCAUCCGACUCGAACUCUAAGACCUGGGACAACUUCAACCAGACCGCCACCAGUACCCCUGUACUCGGCCAAACAUCCUCAUCCUCUCCCAUGCGACUCGGCCUCUUCUUUCCCCGUCCGGAGAUCGUCCCCAACGUCAAAGAAGGCACAUGGCGCUACCUCUACGACGCGAAAUCGGAUUCCCUCACUGCCGUCCCACCACAGGAAGCCCGAACGAAGACCGAGGACUCUUCCUGGCCUAUUCCCGAAGCAGACGCCCGUGCCAUUCUAGAGUCUCAAUUCCUCUCUCUACGGCUUCGAAGCCAGAAUCUGGUUCAUAAACAAGGAAAGCUCCCGCCGCAGCCUCGCCGUAUCUACCUGGUCGGCGGUGGUGCUGCGAACCCUGCCAUCGCGCAGCUUGCUGGUGAGGUGCUGGGAGGGGCUGAAGGUGUAUUCAAGCUCGAUAUCGGUGGUAAUGCUUGUGCACUGGGCUCGGCGUAUAAGGCUGCGUGGACCGGGUUGGCAAGAAAGGGGGAGGAUUUCGAGGCAUUUGUUGAGGAGAGGUGGAACGAGGAGGGAUUCGUCAAGAAGAUUGCUGACGGGUAUCGUGAGGGAGUUUGGGAGAAGUAUGGAGAGGCGCUGAAGGGGUUUGAGGAGGUUGAAAAUAGAGCAUUGGAGGAGAAAGGAGAGGGUAGAGGUAAGCCGAAGGAGAUGGGGAGUGCGAUUACGAGGGACAGGGAUCCUACUGUCAAACAUGAUUGAGGUAGAAGGCCCUUCAGGAGCUUGGAUGUUGCAUUAAUAGACGAAAAGAUUAGUGAUGAUGCCAUAGACGUCAAGACAAGAUAAGAUCGAAUGUUUCUUGUCAAAAUAAUGUGAAUUGGUCGGGGUACUGCCUCCGUAGCCAUGCGCUGAUGGGUAUCUUAAAUGGCGAAAUAGAGGAAAAUAAAGAACAAAAUUAUCGGAAAGGGGCUCAUGAAAUCAGCGGCCAUCUUCCCUUCACCUUAUCAGCCAAUCCAGCUCUCGCCGCAAUCUCGUGGCCACGCUUCUCGCCUUCCCGCCAAAUCUCCUCUUCGUCCAUUGUCUUCAGAUUCCCAUCCUC